AUGCCUCCAUCAACAUGCUUUAACUGCAAGACGGCGCGCGCCGUAAUCAUCCGACCGAAAAACCGCCACAAGCUCUGCCGCGAAUGCUUCAUCCAGAUCUUCGAACUCGAAGUCCACGAAACAAUCACAAGCGCAAACCUAUUCUUCCGCGGCGAGCGAAUCGCAAUCGGAGCCAGCGGCGGCAAAGACAGUACCGUUCUAGCUGCGGUACUGAAGACUCUUAACGAGCGACAUGACUACGGACUCGAUCUCAGUCUACUCUCUAUCGAUGAGGGUAUUCGCGGAUAUCGCGAUGAUAGUCUCGAGACUGUGAAGCGCAAUGCAGUACAAUACGAGAUGCCUUUGGAGAUCGUCGGAUACGGCGAGCUAUACGGGUGGACUAUGGAUCAGGUGGUGGAACAAGUGGGCAAGAAGGGAAACUGCACGUACUGUGGCGUGUUCCGCCGACAGGCUCUUGAUCGCGGUGCGGCGCGAUUGGGUAUCAACCACGUUGUAACGGGACAUAAUGCGGAUGACGUUGCCGAAACGGUCAUGAUGAAUCUGCUGCGCGGUGAUCUACCCCGAUUAUCGCGUGGAACAAGCAUCGUCACUGAGUCUGGAGCUUCAGAUAUCAAGCGCAGUAAGCCGCUGAAGUACGCUUAUGAGAAAGAGAUUGUUCUCUACGCGCACCAUCGUCAGCUGGACUAUUUUAGUACCGAGUGCAUUUAUUCGCCUGAGGCAUUCCGCGGAAGUGCGCGCACCCUGAUUAAAGACUUGGAGAAGAUCCGACCGAGCUCGAUUCUGGAUAUUGUCAAGAGUGGUGAGGAUAUGGCUGCUCUCGUGCCCUCGCAGGUCCGGGGAGCCGGGAAGUGCAAGUCUUCUGCGCCUGCUGAGGAUGAGGCGGCUGGUGGUUGUGGAAGUCAGAAUGGCCGGUCUAGCGGUGGAGAGAUGGCUGCCAUGGAGCACCAACUUGCUGCGAAUGAGACUGCCGAGUCCCGCGAGACGGAGAUUCGGAUCCCGAGGAAGGGCGUCGAGGCGAAGAAGAUCAAGCCUCAGACUUUGCAGUAUUGUGAACAGUGUGGUUAUAUCUCAAGUCAGCGCAUCUGUAAGGCGUGUACGCUUUUGGAUGGAUUGAAUCGUAAUCGUCCCAAGACUGCGAUCGAAGUUGGUUUGGAGGAUGAGGAGGGCAGCUCAACGUUGGCGAGACAGAUGGAGCGCACUCAGCUGACCAACAGCUGA